UGGUCGCCGGGUGACGUGGGAGUUGGUUUUUAUCUCAUGUGCCUCUGAGCUUUUGGACUGAAUUGAGCCUGGUUCACCAUUGCGUUCGAAUGGUUAUAUCACCUGAAGCUGUUGUAGCGGGGAUGGCGCGUGUUUAUCUGGGGAGACUCCCUUUCCGUGCGCGUGAAAGCGAUAUCGAGAGGUUUUUCCAAGGAUAUGGAAGAAUUACUGACAUUGCGAUGAAGCGAGGAUUUGCCUUUAUCGAAUUUGAAAGCAAAAGAGAUGCCGAAGAUGCGGUAGAUGAACUCAAUGGCCGUUCGAUUUUGGGAGAUAGGGUGCUUGUCGAGAUUGCUAAAGGUCGCCCACAUGGAAGCGACGUCUAUCGUUAUCGAUCUCGCUCGCGUUCUCGCGACCGUAGGCGCCGUAGCCGUUCCCGUUCUCGUAGCCGUGAUCGCAGCAGGCGCAGCAGCAGCAGAAGGAGGGGACGCAGCCGCUCCCGCAGUCGCAGUGCCUCGCCGAAGAGAUCUCGCGGGCGACGUGACUCGAGCCGUUCGAGCCGUAGCAGGUCCCCUGUCAAGAAGAGCCGUUCCAGACGCAGUCGCUCUCCAAAGCGCGACAAGCGUUCUCGCAACAGCUCGCCAGAAAAGACAUCGAGCAGAAGUCCUACUCCUAAAAAGGAAAGAAGCGCGAGCAGGUCUGCCUCCCCUGAGCCAAAGCGAGCGGAAUCACCAUCAGAAAGAAAGAGUCGCAGUGCUACUCCGAAAGACGAAAAGAGGGAUUCCUCGCUCAGUCCAUCUCCUAAAAAGGCAAGACGAACUCGCAGCUCUUCCCGAGAAAGCCCUGACCGCAGUUUCUCUCCACGUCGCGACAAGUCCAGAAGUGCCAGCCCAGCGGGAGAAAAGAACGGAAGGAGCAAAUCUUCGGAUAAUGGGGAUCGCUCAAGAUCUCGCUCGCGCAGUCGCGAUCGUGAUAGAAAAGAUCGUCAAGUGAUCGCAGUGGAUCUGACCGCGAUUGAUGGAAAAGACGAGUCCACAAUCACCACAACCACUCCCUACGCUGAUCUGUACGUCGCACAAUUCCAUUUUGGCCAACACCACUUUGCAAAAUCAAACGCUCAAGGCUUCAUUCAAUUGCUUCAGGUCGCUUCAGGUUUUUGGAGUGUUUCCACAGCAAAACUAUCAGUUGGUCAGUUAUCCACGUUUCAGUUUCGACUUUGUCUAAAUAUGUCCAAGCUAUUGCGAUUGAUGGAGGGAGACACGCACGUGGUUCACGAAUAUGAUAUUCUUUCGACAAGCACUGAGUACACUACUAUAUUACAGCAAGUCACGAAUCUCCUCUUGAAUAUCCUGCACGAAUAG